CGAAUUAAACGAGAACCGCUAAUUUCGCAAUAAAUUACCGAUAGGUGGCUGGUCCAUCAAUAACUUCCGCAAUGGCGAUAUGUACACCAGGUGGACAGUCCGAUGAUAAAGAAACGAGCAAGAAGCCAAAGGAUACAAAAUUCAAACAACAGAAGUUACCAGCAUGGCAGCCGAUUCUGACAGCAGGAACAGUGCUGCCUGCUUUCUUUGCCAUUGGUAUUGCAUUUAUUCCACUAGGAAUAGCCCUGCUAGUGACAUCCAAUGGGGUAAUGGAGAAGGUGAUAGAUUACACGUUUUGUUAUGAUAAGAGUGAUACAAGCUCCACAUGUGCCUCCAAGCUUGAGUCCCUGGGAACCAAUGUUUCAGGCCACGUGUGUUACUGUGAAGUUACAUUUACUCUGGAUGAAAAUUUCCCGAAAGAUGUCUACAUGUACUAUGGGUUGUCAAACUACUACCAAAACCACAGGCGCUACGUCAGGUCUCGCGAUGACAACCAGAUCCAUGGGGAUACUGUGUCUGCCAGCACACUGAACUCGGACUGUGAACCAUACAGAACAAAAUACAUCAGCUCCAGUGACUCCAGGCCUAUAGCACCAUGUGGAGCAAUUGCUAACAGCCUCUUUAAUGACUCCAUUGCAGUAGAGUUCAGUAGCAGUGAGAACAUCAGCCUAAUUGCUACAGGGAUCGCAUGGUUCUCAGAUAAACAGGAUAAAUUUAACAACCCAUCAAGCUGGAAUGGUUUCACGAACCCCCCAAACUGGAAUGACAAGUACGUGUAUAACUUGAGCUCAGAGGCCAACAACAAUGGCUACAUUAACGAGGACCUGAUUGUGUGGAUGAGAACGGCCGCACUGCCAAACUUCCGCAAACUCUACAGAAAAAUCAACCAUGUCGGAACGUUUUCUGAAGGAUUACCCAAAGGAAAUUACAAACUUAUGGUAGAUUAUGCUUACCCAGUAACAUCGUUUGAUGGGAAAAAGUCAAUCAUUUUAACUAACACAUCUUGGCUUGGUGGCAAGAACCCAUUCCUGGGGAUUGCCUACAUUGUGACCGGCUGCCUGUGUGUUCUGUUGGGAGUCGUUUUCCUUGUCAUACACAUCAAAUACGGGAAAAAGUUUGAUGAGGCUGAAGAAGUUAUUGGUAUUAAAAACUUCUAGCAUCUGACAUGAUCAAUGUUAGUUCCAAAACACCAUUUUGAUACCAACAUUCAGAAAGGGAGAGAGAGAAGGAGGGGAGGUGAAUAGUAGGGAUUACCAAUACAUGUAUUUAAUUGCCUUGUUGCUGGACCAUAAAGUGUGGACCAAACAACAAAAAACCAACACAGAGAAUACUCUUUAGUGCUUUACUGUAUGGAAAUUGUAGACUUUGGAACUUUGUAUUUACUGGUAACAUGGUCAUUUUUGUGUUGAUAUUUCAGUAUGGUAGAAAAAUGAUCUGUUUUAAGCUUAAUAAUCUCAAGUUUUCAAGGCCAUGUUGUUCAUUUUUUUGGGUGUUGAAUUUGGCUCCUUUAGACAAGGAUUAUUUUAAGACAAUCUUUGCUAUCUAUUUAUCAUGACUUAGUAUAAUUCCUGAAUUUCAUCAUUCAGUACAAUUAUGGUCAAGUAAACUUGAGAUUGACAUUAUUUGAUUUCUUUGAAAAAAAAAAUUACAAUCAUGCAAAUUGCUCAUGAAGAAAAACAUUGAAAUGACUGUUGAAAUUAAGUUCUCGGGGACAAGUUACGUAACAGAUUGACUGUUGUUGAUGGUGAAUCUUGAUGUUUGGGGCUAUAUAGAAACUCUUCAUUGUUGUUGCCCCCCCCCCCCCCCCCCUUGCAGACACAUUCUUGUUCUUUUCUAGUCAUUAGUGUAUUUAUUAAACUACCUACACUAGUGAAUAUAUUGUACUGUCCUAGGUUGAUGUGUGUUUGAAAUAAACUGUACAUUAUCCAAGUGAUCAGGACAAGUGAAUGGUGUAUGUGGAUGUAAAUUGAAAUUUUCCUUUAGUAUUCAGUGUUGUAAUGCUGAGGGCAGUGAUUGGUAAUGCCAUACAUGUUGAAUUGCCUCUUUUGAAAUGCCUCUUUCUGCCCUCUAUACAGUCAUGUAUUUAGAUUUAUAUUGAAGUUAUGGUGUCAUGAAAUCUCAGAUUUUCCUGUGAAAUCCAGUGUAAAUGCUUCAGGUGAUCUCUAUGUGUCACCUUGCUUUAAAGAACAUAUAUGUACCUGUAUUCGCAAUAGCAUCCCGGUACACCUAAUGUUAUAAACACAUACAUAUGCAAAUAUGAGUUAUGCCUCUGAGAUUCUGCUACAGGUGUUUUUUUUCCUUUUAACAUUCCAUUUUUAAUUCAUUGAUUUUGUAGGGGUAAAAGAUAUAUACUUCAGAAAUUUUACACAAAUAUUUAUAUCAGAUUUAACUUUUAUAAAAGAAACAAACAUAAAAAGUUCAAGAACACAGAUUUUUGAAUUUGCAACCCAAAACUAUCAUUUCUUGAUAGUGUAUGUUGAAGUACAGGUGUACUUAUUGUACUGUGUUAUAUGUAUGAAAAUGAUUUAUUGAAUAACUUCUUGAUUGACCUGUCUUACUGACCAGAGCAUCACUGUAUCAGUUGGUCAGUUACUUGUGCAAUGAUCCACUCUCCAAGGUGUAUGUGUAUGAAUGUCUGACGAUUGUGGUUGUUUUUACUCUCAAUAUGAAUGUUCAUGUGAUUUAGAAAUAUUGUGAUCUUUUACUACUUAUUAAAUUCAUUCAAAUACAA